AUCAACAUGACUGAACAGGCCCCCGAGCCACACGUGGAGGAGGCUGAUGAUGAUGACCUGGACGGCAAGCUCAACUACAAGCCUCCACCUCAGAAGUCCCUGAAGGAGCUGCAGGAGAUGGACAAAGAUGAUGAAAGUCUAACGAAGUACAAGAAAACACUGCUGGGGGACGGUCCUGUGGUAGCAGACCCAACAGUUCCCAAUGUCACUGUCACCCGGCUUACCCUGGUUUGUGACUGUGCUCCAGGACCAAUCACCAUGGACCUUACUGGGGAUCUCACAGCCCUCAAAAAAGAAACCUUUGUGCUAAAGGAAGGUGUUGAAUAUAGAGUCAAAAUCCAUUUCAAAGUGAACAAGGAUAUCGUGUCAGGCUUGAAAUACGUUCAGCACACCUACCGGACCGGAGUGAAAGUGGAUAAAGCAACAUUUAUGGUUGGCAGCUACGGGCCCCGGCCAGAGGAGUAUGAAUUCCUAACUCCCAUUGAGGAGGCUCCCAAGGGCAUGCUGGCCCGGGGCACAUACCACAACAAGUCCUUCUUUACCGACGAUGACAAGCAUGACCACCUCACCUGGGAGUGGAACCUGUCCAUUAAGAAGGAGUGGACGGAAUGAGUGCGCCUGCCCGAACCUUUCCCCACCCUUGCCCCCUGGAAAAUUCCUCCCAGCCACAUUCGUCACCCUGUCCCUCUCCCUGUUCACAGCAGGGCCUCUCCUCCAAUGCUCCCCACAUUUCCUUAGUGAUGCAUCUUAUCCCGCCUUCUCUCUCCAAGUGGUCCCCAGCACAAGAGGCUUAAAAUCCAGGCUUUAACCCUGCCUGCUCCCUCUGAUCCUCCAUCAGGGGCAGAUCUUCCAAGUUCUCCAUUACACAGUCAUUUCGUGUUUCCCUCUCUAAUUCCCAUGUGAGCAACUGGAGGCCGGGGAAUGGGCAAACUAUCACUAACAGCCCUUUUGCCUUCAGUUCCAGACGUUCGUUCCCAUCCCUGGAUUCUCUGGUGGUUCCUGCUGGCUCGAUGAAUCCCUAGUCACUUCCCCUGCUGGUUCUGUGGGAGACGCUGUAAACAACACGAAAGACUAACACAAUAAAGCAACAACUGUAUGUCCUGA